UUACUCAUCACAUUACCUAUGGAAUACUGCAACUCUGUUUCGGUCUCGCAAGGAAUGAUCCCAAGCGGAGAAUAUCCGACCGCGCAGGCAGCAGCACACAGCAAAAGAGACUCUGGCCUUGCAUGGAAACAUCGGCUGACAGGAGUUCCAGACCAAGUUCGAUUUUGAUUACCGGCCCGACGUGGGGGAGCAUGAUGAGGGGGGACCGGGGAGGGCCUACACCACAAGACCCUGAACGGAGCAAAAGGGGACGAGCUGCACUGCACCACCGUUGAUGUGCGUUUGCGCCCAGAGGUCAGCCUGUCAGGGAACAACCCCCGAGCCAGCCAAGAGGCAGAGAAAACCAAAGGGGGAAAAAACCCAAGUGGUGCUUGGUCUUGGUUUGUGGUUUGGGCUAUUGUCUGGUGCAGCGUGCACUGCCAUCCAUCAACACCAAGACAACAUUGAACACGAUCCACUCGACGUAAACCAAGCCCCAGCGUUUCCGAUAUGGUUGGCAUUCACACUCAUGGAGGCUUUGCUUCGGGUUGCGGCAUAUCUUGUUCUCUUUUUCUUUCCUCUACUUUCCCUGCCAUCUGUUCUCGUGCAAUCCCAACCAGAUUGCACCAUUCCCCUCUGCCCCGGCUUCGCACCGCGGCGUCCGUGGAAAAGGCACCAGAGGAAACAGAAUUUCAGAUCCGUACUCGCAAUGCACUUGUUGCCGCCACAUUUCCCUUUCGGACCUGGGUCCGGAGUCAUGGAAGCUACAUGUAAUGUACACUUCCCCUCGUCCGCAUUGGUCGUAUCUGGAAGCUGGAGGUGGAGGUGGAGGAGAAAGACCGGUCACCGGCCUGGCCGUACCCAAGUGCUGGUUGCAGCCAGAAAGUGACGAGUCACAAGAUAACUGUUUGUCACUUAGAGCUUGGCCUUGUAUCAUCAGAACAUGUAUCCGUACAAUGCUUAGCAAUGAGCAAAUAAAUAUCAAACGUCAAAUGUCAAAAAUAUGCACAGUC